GUGGAGAGGAGGGAGGGACCAUAUCCGGGAGAGAGGCAGCUUCCGACCAGUGGUCGCGCUUCCGGAGAGGCGUUUCCGGUGGCGGCAGCAGCAGCGGCUGUGGUGGUUCCGGGUGUCUUUGUCCCCCCGGUGUCGCGGCCCUGGCCCGCAGGUUUUUCCCCAAGACUCUGAAAGAGGACAGCAUUCCCAAUGUCCCAGUUUAAGCGCCAGCGGAUCAACCCACUACCAGGGGGACGCAACUUCUCAGGCGCAGCUUCAACAUCUCUUUUGGGUCCUCCUCCUGGUUUGCUCACUCCUCCUGUGGCCACAGACCUGUCCCAAAAUGCCAGGCACCUUCAGGGUGGAGAGAAGCAGCGGGUCUUCACUGGCAUUGUUACCAGUUUGCAUGACUACUUUGGGGUGGUGGAUGAAGAGGUCUUUUUUCAGUUAAGUGUGGUGAAGGGCCGGCUGCCCCAGCUGGGUGAGAAGGUGCUGGUGAAGGCUGCAUACAACCCAGGCCAGGCAGUGCCCUGGAAUGCUGUCAAGGUGCAAACGCUCUCCAACCAGCCCCUACUGAAGUCCCCAGCACCUCCCCUUCUACAUGUGGCAGCCCUGGGCCAGAAGCAAGGGAUUCUGGGAGCUCAGCCCCAGCUGAUCUUCCAGCCUCACCGGAUUCCCCCACUCUUUCCUCAGAAGCCUCUGAGUCUCUUCCAAACAUCCCAUACGCUUCAUCUGAGCCACCUGAACAGAUUUCCUGCUCGGGGCCCUCAUGGACGAUUGGAUCCGGGCCGAAGCGAUGACUAUGACUCCAAGAAACGCAAACAGCGGGCUGGUGGAGAGCCUUGGGGUGCUAAGAAACCAAGGCAUGACCUGCCUCCUUACCGAGUCCAUCUCACUCCCUACACUGUGGACAGCUCCACCUGUGACUUCUUAGAACUCCAGCGCCGCUACCGCACCCUGCUGGUUCCCGCAGAUUUUCUGGCUGUGCACCUGAGCUGGCUGUCGGCCUUCCCUCUGAGCCAGCCCUUUUCCCUCCAUCAUCCAAGCCGCAUCCAGGCAUCUUCUGAGAAGGAGCCAGCUCCAGACGCUGGUGCUGAGCCCACGUCCACAGACAGUGACCCUGCUUACAGUUCCAAGGUACUGCUGCUCUCUUCCCCGGGGUUGGAGGAAUUGUAUCGUUGUUGCAUGCUCUUCGUGGAUGACAUGACUGAGCCAAGGGAGACGCCAGAACAUCCUCUGAAGCAAAUUAAAUUUUUGCUGGGCCAGAAAGAAGAGGAGGUAGUGUUGGUGGGGGGCGAGUGGUCUCCUUCUCUGGAUGGCCUCGACCCCAAGGGCGACCCGCAGGUGCUCGUCCGCACUGCCAUCCGCUGUGCGCAAGCCCAGACCGGCAUCGACUUGAGUGCCUGCACCAAGUGGUGGCGCUUUGCUGAGUUUCAGUACCUGCAGCUGGGACCCCCGAGGCGGCUCCAGACCGUGGUGGUGUACCUGCCGGACAUCUGGACCAUCAUGCCUACUUUGGAAGAGUGGGAGGCCCUGUGCCAGCAGAAAGCUGCAGAGGCAGCUCCCCCGCCCCAGGAGGUGCCAGUGGAAACAGAGCCUGCAGAACAGGCAGCUGAUGCACCAGAGCAGGCGGCAGACGCCUCUAAAGAGAAUGCGGAGAAUCCGGAGGCCACUGCGCAGCAGGAAAUGGACACCGACCUCCCAGAGGCCCCUCCACCCCCUCUAGAACCUGCUGUCAUGGCACGCCCCAGCUGUGUAAACCUGUCCAUCCAUAGUAUCGUGGAGGACCGGAGGCCAAAAGAAAGGAUCUCUUUUGAGGUGAUGGUGUUGGCUGAGCUGUUUCUGGAGAUGCUGCAGAGGGAUUUUGGCUAUAGGAUUUAUAAGAUGCUGCUGAGCCUUCCCGAAAAGGUCGUGGCCGCACCCGAACCUGAGAAGGAGGAGGCGGCCAAGGAGGAAGAAGCGGUCAAGGAGGAGGCCAAGGAGUCCAAGGAUGAGGUACAGAGUGAGGGCACAGCUGCCGAGUCAGAUGCCCCGCCGAAGGAAGAUGGGCUUUUGCCCAAACCCCCAUCUUCUGGGGGAGAGGAAGAAGAGAAACCCCGGGGCGAGGUGUCCGAGGACCUCUGCGAGAUGGCCCUGGACCCCGAACUGCUGCUGCUGAGGGACGAUGGGGAGGAGGAGUUCGCAGGAGCCAAGCUGGAGGAUUCCGAGGUCCGGUCGGUUGCCUCGAAUCAGUCAGAGAUGGAGUUCUCAUCCCUUCAGGACAUGCCCAAGGAGCUGGACCCCUCUCCUGUGCUCCCUCUGGACUGUCUUCUUGCUUUUGUCUUCUUUGAUGCCAACUGGUGUGGCUACUUGCAUCGGCGAGACUUGGAGAGGAUCCUGCUUACCCUUGGGCUCCGGCUCAGCGCAGAGCAGGCCAAACAGCUGGUCAGCAGGGUGGUGGCCCAGAACAUCUGCCAGUAUCGGAGCCUUCAGUACAGCCGCCCGGAGGGCCCGGAUGGGGGGCUCCCUGAGGAGGUGCUCUUCGGUGCGUACUGUGCUCUGCGGCCUUCUGGGGACAGCGGAGCAGGCUGCCUUGUCCCGGGACCGUCCCUGAGUCUUUUCACGGCCCUUCUAGGAAACCUGGACCUGCUACCUCCUCCUGGGAAGAGUGCCAAGCCGGGCGCUGCCCCUGUGGAGCACAAGGGCCUGGUGUCCCACAACGGCAGCCUCAUCAACGUGGGGAACCUGCUGCAGCGUGCGGAGCAGCAGGACAGCGGGCGGCUCUACCUGGAGAACAAGAUUCACACACUGGAGCUGAAGCUGGAGGAGAGCCAUAACCGCUUCUCAGCCACUGAAGUGACGAAUAAGACGCUGGCCGCAGAGAUGCAGGAGCUGAGAACCCGGCUGGCUGAGGCUGAGGAGACGGCCCGGACGGCGGAGCGACAGAAGCACCAGCUUCAGCGGCUGCUGCAGGAGUUCCGAAGGCGCCUGACCCCCCUGCAGCUUGAGGUGCAGCGGAUGGUUGAAAAGGCAGACAGCUGGGUAGAGAAGGAGGAGCCAGCACCUAGCAACUGAGGGGCCUGGUGCAGGAGCUGCCAUCCUGUGAGGUCAGCGAUGGAGCCUGCUGAAGUUAGAGCCCUUUUGGUUCUAGAAAGAAGCUGGAGCAGGACCUGGGAGCCAUAGGCAGGGGUGGCUGACCCCUGUGCUCGGCCUCUGUAGAGGAGCUCAGGCCGUCAGGGUGGGGUCUGUCUGUGCCGUGUGGGACGGAUGAGUGAGGAAGCCGGUUCCACUUGCAACUAAAUCCAACAUCUUCUGCACCCCUCGAAUGUCAUUUUGCCCUCUACCUUGGGAUUCCUCCUGGGGCCCUUUCGUCUUGUGCUUUCUCCUGUCCUCUUCCAGUUUAGAAUAAGACGGGAGGAAAAGGCUUUUUGAGUCUGUUGUAAGGUCUGAUGCCAAUAAACUGAAGAAACAGACGUGGAAGCUGGCUGGGGGUAAGAGCCCCUUCCUCCGGAUGGCACAAAUCCUGCCAGGUUUCAGGAGCAGGUUCUGGGGGGAAGGGUCUCCCGUGGCCAUCGCAGGAACAGAGUCAGUCAGUGCUAGCGAGCGUUUAGCGUUGGGCAGUGUUUGUUUGGCAGUGAACACUGUUCCAGCCACCCCAGACUUGCCAGAAGAAACCAGCACCUCUUUUCCCUGGCUCCCCAUGUUCAGAAUGUGGUAUUGGCUCUGGCCCAGCCUUUUCCCUGUUCCCCAUAAGUCUCGCCUCUUUCCAUAAUCCGUGGUUUCAGUUUGACUUUGUAUAUAAAGUGUUCUGUUUUGGUUUUUUUUUGGCUUUUUGUUUUUUAAAUAAACCAAAGUCAAAACAAA